AUGGCCCGCAUUGCGGCGUUCUUGCUGGUGGCCCUGCUCUCCUUAGCCGGGCAUCUCGCGCAGUCCGCGCCAUCACAAGUCCUCACCAUCGUCCAUACCCUGCCCUCCACCUUCACAAACUCCCAUGCCCUCAACCACACCCACACUCACCCCGGUGACUCCGACGCCGGCACCGACCCCGACUGUCUUCAUCCCUCCACCUACAAACACUCCGGCACCCACGCCCAUACCGGCCUCUGUAACUCCAACAUCGGCACCGACCCCUAUGAUGUCUCCAAUACCAACCCCUAUAACUCCAACGCCGGUACCAGCUCCUCUCUCUCCAACACCAACACCGGUGGCCCCAACACCUACAACCGUGAUGCCGCCGACACAGAUGCCUAUGGCACCAACGCCGGCACCGACCCCUGUAUCUCCAACGCCAAACCCGGUGGCCCCAAGACCUAUCCCUGUGAUGCCGCCAACAUCGACGCCGGCAUCGACCCCUAUCUCUCCAACGCCAAGUCCGGUGGCGCCAACACCGACCCGUGUGGUUCCGACGCCAGCACCCACCCCUGUCUCUCCGUCGCCAACCCUGGUGACCCCAACACCGGCCCCUGUGAUGCCGCCAACACCAACAUCGCACCCACCCCUGUGACUCCGACGCCACCCCCAGCCCCGGCCCCAGCGCCGGCUACAUCGACCGGCAAGUGCCCCGUGGACACACUGAAGCUACUUGCGUGCGUGGACGUGCUCAAUGGGCUGUUGCACGCGGUGAUCGGCAGUAGCGCCAGGAAUACAUGCUGCCCGCUGCUGUCCGGCGUUGCCGACCUCGAUGCUGCUCUCUGCCUUUGCACCACCAUCAAGGUCAAGGCCCUCAACAUCAACCUCAUGCUGCCCAUCGCCAUCGAGGUGCUCGUCAACCAGUGCGGCAAGAGAGUGCCGAAAGACUUCCACUGCCCUACCACCCCUGUCUCUCCGUCGCCAACCCUGGUGACCCCAACACAGGCCCCUGCGAUGCCGCCAACACCAACAUCGGUGACUCCGAUGCCAGCACCGACCCCUGUUUCUCCAACGCCAACUCCGGUGGCCCCAACACCGACUCCUAUGAUACCGCCAUCACCAACCCUUGUGACUCCGAUGCCAGCACCAACCCCUGUCUCUCCAACGCCAAUCCCGAUGGCCCCAACACCGACCCUCGUGAUGCCGCCAGCACCCACCCCUGUGACUCCGACGCCACCCCCAGCCCCGGCCCCAGCGCCGGCUACAUCGACCGGCAAGUGCCCCGUGGACACACUGAAGCUACUUGCGUGCGUGGACGCGCUCAAUGGGCUGUUGCACGCGGUGAUCGGCAGUAGCGCCAGGAAUACAUGCUGCCCGCUGCUGUCCGGCGUUGCCGACCUCGACGCUGCUCUCUGCCUUUGCACCACCAUCAAGGUCAAGGCCCUCAACAUCAACCUCAUGCUGCCCAUCGCCAUCGAGGUGCUCGUCAACCAGUGCGGCAAGAGAGUGCCGAAAGACUUCCGCUGCCCUAAUUAAG